AUGGCCACCGCCGUCGAGCCCCUCCCCAACGGCCUGCACGACCACAUCCUCCGCCCCCGGCCCAGGAAACCGGUGCACUCGCAGCUGUCGCAGCUGAGCAAUGCGUCCUCCGACGGGCCCGUAGACGGCAUCGCCACCGGCGCGACGAGUGGCCGCUCGACGCCCGUCCCCAGCGACGCCCUCCCCUCCGUCAAGUCCCUCUCCUCGGCCCGCAAGCAGGUCCGCGCCGAGCAGCGCCGCCGCAUCUUCCCGACCAUCGAGUUCGCCAGCCGCAAGUCGCACUUUGACCCGGAGUCCGACUACCGCGACUUCCACGGCUUCUUCAACCUCUUCUGGAUCAGCCUCGCCAUCAUGGGCAUCACCACCAUGCUGCGCAACUGGAAGGACACGGGGUACCCGCUGCGCGUCCAGAUCUGGUCCCUCUUCACCGUCAAGCUGUGGCACCUCGCCCUCGCCGACCUGUUCAUGGUCGCCUCCACGACCGUCUCCCUCGCCCUGCACGGCCUCGCGCGCCGCGCCGCCCCGGGUAGCUUCAUGACGUGGAACCGGGGCGGCAUGGCCCUGCAGAGCAUGUACCAGUGCCUCUGGCUCGGCCUCUUCGUCGCCCUGCCCUUCGCGCUCGGCUGGACCUGGACCUCGCAGGUCUUCUUCCUGCUGCACUCCAUGGUCCUGCUCAUGAAGAUGCACUCGUGGGCCUUUUACAACGGCCACCUGUCCGAGGCGGAGAAGCGGCUGCGCGCCCUCGACGACCCCUCUACGGCCUCCAAGGCCCCCGCCUACCUAUACCCGUCCGCCGAGAACCCCGAGGGCGGCAGCUCCGCCAACGGCAAGGCCGCCGCCGACUCGGACAAGGCGGAAGACGAGGACGAGGACGAGGGCGAGGACGAGGUCGCCCAGCUGCGCGAGGACCUGGCCCGCGAGCUGACCAGCCCCAUCGGCAACAUCACCUACCCGCGCAACCUGACCUGGCGCAACUACCUCGACUACCUGCUCUGCCCCACGCUGUGCUACGAGCUCGAGUACCCGCGCCUCGACAAGAUCGACUGGCAGUCGCUCAUCUCCAAGAUCGUCGCCGUCUUCGGCUGCAUCUUCCUCUUGACCGUCAUCUCCGAGGAGUUCAUCCUGCCCAUCCUCGUCGAGUCCUCGGCGCGCCUCGACGCCGUGUCCGCCCUCUCCGCCGCCGGCACGCCCGCCACGGCCCACCCUUCUCUAGAGAAGCUGCUCGUGCUCGCCGAGACCAUCUCCUGGCUGCUCUUCCCCUUCAUGCUCACUUUCUUACUCGUCUUCCUCGUCAUCUUCGAGUACGUCCUCGGCGCCUUCGCCGAGAUGACGCGCUUCGCCGACCGCCACUUCUACAGCGACUGGUGGAACAGCACCGACUGGAUGGAGUUCUCGCGCGAGUGGAACGUGCCCGUCUACUCGUUUCUGCGCCGGCACGUCUACUCGGCCUCGCGGCCGCACGUCGGCCGGUCCCAGGCCAUGGUCUUCACCUUCCUCAUCAGCGCCGUCGGCCACGAGAUCGUCAUGGCCUGCAUCACCAAGAAGCUGCGCGGCUACGGCUUCGUGUGCCAGAUGCUGCAGCUGCCCAUCGUCGUGCUGCAGCGGACCAGGUGGGUCCGCGGCAAGAAGACGCUCAACAACGUGUGCUUUUGGUGCUCGAUGAUCAUGGGGCUGAGCCUGAGGACCGCCACUACGUUAACUGCCCUAAUGAAUGACCUUGCUUAA